UUCGGAAUUUUAGAAGCUUCGGGGAGAGAGAGAGAGGGAGAGAAACCCUUCAAAGUUCAAACAGAGCAAUAUUGGGUGUGGAUGACGAUACGAUAUGAUUAGGAUGUUAGAAGCGCUUAAACGUCAAAGAACAUCAAAACCAUAAGAAGGUGUUUCUCUUUCUUCUGUGUUUUCUGGUAUCAAUUCCUCGUUUUUCUCCGGUGAUGACGCGUACCAUGGCUAUGGCUUCGACCACCUUCUCAUCUCUCCGCUUCACUUAUUCAUAUUUCAUGGAACAUCAUCAUCGGCUACUCCUCCAAGCCCCAAUGUUCUUUCUGUUCAUUACUCUCUCCUUUGUCUCUCUUAUCGUGCUCUCCCUAAUCAUGUUCAGAAGAUUGAAGAGGACAAAAGAAGAAGUAGUAUUAGUAGAAGAAGAAGAAAAAGAAGUAGUAGAAGAAGCGACAGCUGAGAAAUCGAAUCAAAACCCUCAAUCCAUCUUCAGAUACUCUACAUCGAACACUACCGGUGAGGUCGAUCAGAUUCAUCCGCUAAUUUUAGAGAUCCUCACUUCUGAUCCCUCCAAAUUAGCCUCUUUAAUUUCUUCUUUCCCUUCUCAUUUGUCCCUCGAUGAUAGCGGGAAAAUCGGUGUUAGCCAGUUCUCUGAUGUAUCCAAGAUAGACGGCGAUGGUGUCCGUUCUGUCGUCGAGGAUUCGGGGAAAACUGGGGACCCGAGGGGUAAGAAGAAGAAGAAAAGGGCUAAAAAGAAGCGACAGAAUUCCUCGGCCAAAGAUAAUGUCGAAGAUGGGUUUCUUCAGAACCAAAUAUCUCUUUCACUGGAUAAGAAUGAUUUGGAUUGCUUAUAUCCCUUUACCUCGUUGUCCAGUGUGACGCAGAAGAAGAUCAAACAACAGUAUGAUCAGCUUGUUAAGGCCCACGAUUCCCAAGCUUUAACACUGGCUCAGGUU